UUUUAAACAUUAGGUGUAGCACGUACAAAUAGACAGAACUAUCCCCAAGAAAAGCUCGUCAAUUAUGUCCGUAUUAUAACUAUAUUGAAGAAAAGAACUUUUGAAAAUCAUUCGUUUUCAAUUGAUCACGUUUUUCUAUUCGUGGGUGGUAGGUCAAAACAUAGAAUUAUGGGAGUCUUUUAUUAACUGUCUACUGCUGGAUUAUACAAAUACUAGGCUUGCAUAAUUGCUCUAACUAUAGGGACGCUGGUGAGUCUCCUCUACUGAAGCAAACUGAUUCGGUCACUAUGGACAUGGUGACGAACGGAUCACAUAAUGGUCACGAUGCCAUGGAUACGAUGACCACUCACAAUCACGAGCAACACGGGGGACACGGCAUGGGCAUGAUGAGCACAGCCAGUGGUCACGGACAACAUGGACAACCAGGUUCUAUGGGUGGCCACAUGGCCAUGGGCCACAGCAUGUUUUUCACUAUCGGUGAGAAAGUAACAUUGCUGAUACAGGAUUUUACUGUAAUGGAGGAUGAUCUUGGCAACUUCAUCGCAGCCUGUGUUGUCAUCUUCCUCAUUGCUGCACUCUACGAGGGUUUCAAAGUUUUUCGUGAAUCGCUUCUUCAUCGUCACCCGCCUAAUCGCGGAUAUGAAGCUACGGACCUUGAAAAGAGAGGUAGUACUGCUCCGCUGGCUAGCGAUGACUAUUAUAGCUCCGGGGUGACAUGGUGUAGUGGAUGGCACGUGCUGCAGUCGUUUCUUCACGUCAUUCAAGUGACCAUUAGCUACAUACUGAUGUUACUGGUGAUGACGUUUAACGUCUGGAUUGGACUCUCCGUCGUGUUGGGCGCGGGAUUUGGGUAUUUUAUUUUCGCCUUCAAACGCAAGAGUACGGUUGACGUUAACGAACACUGCCACUAAGCUGUGAUCACACGUUCUUACCACUCUUGCAAAUUCUUCAUUUACAUAGCUUGUACAAAAAACAUAAUACAUUUUUUACUAUGCUAAGGGUAACGGGUGUAGGCUUGUAUAGCGUAUAAUAGUAAGUCUCAAUUCAAUUUAAAUGCGAGGUAUCGCCACAAUAUCAGUGGUACCAAAUAUAAAAUACGAGUUAGGCUUGCUUUAUAAUUGCAACGAUAACGAUAAAAAGCUAAAAAUCAAUUGUUCAUAUAGAAAAUAAUAGGCCUAUAAAUAAAAAAGUUUUUACACCAGGACGAUUACUUCUCUUAUUUUCUAUAUGACAAAUUGUACAGUAAAUAUUACACAAAGAAACAACAAAAACAUUAAAUAACACAAGGGAAAUAAAAUUAGAUGAUUAAAUGGAUAAGAAGAGAUAAGUUUUAUGCCUAAAUUUAACAUGAAAUUGAUAGAGAUUCCAGUAUACUGAUGAGAAAAGAAUAUUUUGUAAUGUACAUGCACAGUGUAUGUAUUGUACUAUUUCGAAAAGAAGCCCAUGCUAUUUUGCAAACUAAAGAGGGGUGGGUGGGAUUAAUUCGAGGUUUUACAGUAUACAUUUAUGUCACUAUUCAUGCUGCAUUAUUGCAUUUAUUAUCAUUUAAAAAGAGCAUGUGUUGCUGUGUCCACCCCCAACCCACUAGGAAACUUUGAAAUUUAUAAUCAUGUAGGCAGCAGGGUGUUUGGCAGCAAAUUAUAGUAAAAAAUCAGUGACGUAUCUAGGGGGUGUGCAUGCCCCGCGGCCCCACAAAAAAUGCUCUCCCCAGUUGCCCCCACCAAGAAUGCUUAAAGCAAAAAUAUUACAUUCAAGUACUUAAAAAUCACCUCAUUUUGUGAGCUAGCACCUCGUACUUAAUCAUCGAGCACCUCCCCCACCCCCAACUUCACCUUCUCUUAGAUAAGCCGCUGAACCUCUUUUUUUUAAAUUAUUAUAAUACAAAUAUACCGUAUGCAAAAUAAAGAAUUUUGAUAAUAUAUAAAUAAAUUACCAAUAUUUGUAGAAUUUGGUUGAAGAGUUUCUUUUAUCUCACCCCACAUUUAGCAAUGUUCCUCUUGCAAUCAAAAGCAAAUACACAUCGUCAGCUGUUCUCAGACAAUGAAAUAAAUAUUUAUUCGAACAUACACCUUUAGAUCGGUGGCACUCAAAAACCAUUUGGUGCAUUCAUAGUGAAACAAAAUAAACAAGUCAAUCAUGUGAAAAUAGUACUCUAGUCAAACUGUGCACGCACAAUUCACGCUGGAUUGGAUUCCAGUCCCUAAAUUUUCUCUUCUUUUUCAGUGAAAACGCGAAAAAAUAAAUCGAUUCUGGCACCAA